AUGACGAAGGCUCCUAUCAUGCGUAUUCCCGAAUUUCCCAAAGUUUUUGAGGUUGAAUGUGAUGCCUCUGGGAUAGGUAUAGGCCUAGUCUUAAAUCAGGAUCGUCACCCUGUUGUCUACUUCAGUGAGAAGUUAAAUGAGGCCAAACAACGAUACUCAACUUAUGAUAAGGAACUGUAUGCGAUGGUCAGGCUUAGCGAUAUUGGUGCCACUACUUGUUACCCCAGGAGCCUACUCAUUUGUUUUAAAACACAAGAAGGGGUGGAGAACCAAGCAGCUGAUGCAUUAAGUCGUCGUGUCUCCCUUUUGUCGAUCAUGAAUAUCAAGGUCAUCGAUUUUGAAAGGCUUAAGGAGGAUUACGAGAUAUGUCCCGAUUUUAAAGAUAUCUUUCUUGAUUUGCAAGGGAGACAAUCAAACACCACAUAUGGCUUCCGACUUGAGGAGGAUUAUCUCUUUAGAGCCAACAAAUUGUGCAUUCCUCGAACGUCGGUGCGAGAUUUCAUAGUGUGGGAAAUUCAUGCAGGAGGUUUAGCCGGUCACUUUGGGCGUGAUAAGACCUAA